AUGGUCUUGGUAUCUUACUCAGACUCUGAAACCUCCGACACCGAGACCACAGCCGCGCCUGCACCCGCACCCAAAGAACCACCCAAGCCCACCACCUCCUCCAAACCCGCCUUCCAAAAAGUCGUCGACCGCUCCCACCCGCACAAAAUCCGUGUCACCCUCCCAUCCACCACGACCGCCAGCACAGCAGCAACUGAUGAUAUCGAGCAAGAGGCUCCGCCAGCAAAGAAAGCGCGGACGGGCGGCGGGGCAUUUGGCGGCUUCAACUCCUUUCUCCCAGCGCCUAAACGGUCGCAGGCUGUUACGAAAAGCACCGGAGAUGGAGCGGGCGAAUCUAAAAGGGGGCUUGGGCGUGGUCUGGGUAGCGGUAUCAGCUUGAAGACGGGAGCGGCGCCUGGGUUUAGUCGGGAGCCUAUGCCGGAGGCGGAGACGUCACUGGAGGAUUCCAAAGAGACUGGCUUUGAGGAGAGCGCAGCGCCAGAAGGAUCACCUUUGGCGGAAAGCUCUGUACUUCCAGCGGAUGGUCAAGAUGGUGCGCAAGAAGUGAAGCUAGUGGGGAAGCCGAUGAUGUUCAAGCCGCUCUCUGUGGCCAGAAAGCCACAGAAAAAGAAGAAGCCAGUGCCGGCUGCCUCCAUCUCGACUGGGGGCAGUGGCAUUGCAGCUUUAGAUCCCACGGCACCGGCUGCUCGACCGGCACCUGCACCCAAACCUAGAGCUUCUCUUUUCUCCAUAUCUCAGGAGGAAGCCACCGCACCGGCGCCUGCGUCGAAUGAAGAAUAUACACCCCUAAUCUACACCGCCGAAACCUCAGUCACCACUUCCGACACUCCAUAUCCCCCCGACGCUCCUCUCGACUCGAGCACCGAUACCGAAGCUAUCCCACCCCCUACAUCUCACGACCUCCCACCCACAGACCGCGGCCCCCAGUCCCUCGACACCAUCGCCUCAGACCUCAACCUCUCCGAGUCCGCGCGCCGUCAGCUCUUCGGGCGACAGCGCGGCAAAGGCUCCGCCCAAAGCGCUCCAGCGAUCAACGUCCUGAACUUCAACACGGACGCCGAGUACGCCGCGAACGAAGCCCUGCGCGCGGCGGGCGAGACAGUCCAACACAACCCCGUGCGCGCGAUCGCGCCGGGGAAGCACAGCUUGAAGCAGCUUGUUAGUGCCGCGAGUACGCAGCGGGAGGCGCUGGAGGAGCAUUUUGCAAGUGGGAAGAGGAAUAAGAGGGAGGCGGGGAGUAAGUAUGGGUGGUGA